CAGCGGCAACGGUCGAGGUCGUUCGCUUGGUAGCCACACCGCAUUCUGGUCGUGAAACGAAAUUUCAAAACCGAAAAACCCGCAUUCCGAACUCGCUUGGAGUUAUGUUCUUUUGAAACGAGCUGACCGUUGCUCGGUUUGCUGUUUGCGCUCGCAAAGCAAAUAUUUCCCGCGUUGGUUCGAAAGCCAAACACUCUUGGAAUAUUGUGUGAUGAGCAGCUGUCUCUGCUUUUGAUUCACAAACAAACAGUUUCCGGACAAGUGUUACACGCCGCGGAGCAAUUGCAGUCGACUGGCACUCGCAAACAGUGGAAAAGUUCCUGGCUCGCUGGCUGACUCGCGUCACUUUGUUCACAGAAGAGUAGUGACAGAUAAUCCUGCUGGCUGUUGCUUCCUCAACAGCUUCCGGCGCCAACUGGCGAAAGUCAUGCAGAAGCUGACGGGCAACCGCCCCAGCGAGCUCAGUGGUCACGACCAAACACAAUGUGCAAAAUAAAACAAGAGCCCGUGGCAACACCAGCAGCAACAUCAGCGACAUAAGCACAGAGGACCAGGCAGAACCUGCAGCUCUCGGCUUUCGACGGACGCACGGCGGCAGACCCACGGAAACGGAAGUGGCCAAAGCGAGGCCAUAAAACGGCACGCAUAGAAACAGCAUUGAGACAUCAGGCCCAGGAGCAGCUCCCUCCCCCCCACAUGUACGCCUCCCUGAUGGACGUGGGCCAGACGUUGGCAGCCAGGCUGGCGGAUGGCGAAGGCAACGGGGCCAACGACAGCGGACUCCUGGCAACGGGACAAGGGCUGGAGCAGGAGCAGGAGGGUCUGGCGCUGGAUAUGGGCCACAACGCCAGCGCCGACGGCGGAAUAGUACCGUAUGUGCCCGUGCUGGACCGCCCGGAGACGUACAUUGUCACCGUGCUGUACACGCUCAUCUUCAUUGUGGGAGUUUUGGGCAACGGCACGCUGGUCAUCAUCUUCUUUCGCCACCGCUCCAUGCGCAACAUACCCAACACAUACAUUCUCUCACUGGCCCUGGCUGAUCUGUUAGUUAUAUUGGUGUGUGUACCUGUGGCCACGAUUGUCUACACGCAGGAGAGCUGGCCCUUUGAGCGGAACAUGUGCCGCAUCAGCGAGUUCUUCAAGGACAUAUCCAUCGGGGUGUCCGUGUUUACACUGACCGCCCUAUCCGGCGAGCGGUACUGCGCCAUUGUAAAUCCGCUACGCAAGCUCCAGACCAAGCCGCUCACUGUCUUUACUGCGGUGAUGAUCUGGAUCCUGGCCAUCUUGCUGGGCAUGCCUUCGGUUCUUUUCUCCGACAUCAAGUCCUACCCUGUGUUCACAGCCACCGGUAACAUGACCAUUGAAGUGUGCUCCCCAUUUCGCGACCCGGAGUAUGCAAAGUUCAUGGUGGCGGGCAAGGCACUGGUGUAUUACCUGUUGCCGCUGUCCAUCAUCGGGGCGCUCUACAUCAUGAUGGCCAAGCGGCUCCAUAUGAGCGCCCGCAACAUGCCCGGCGAGCAGCAGAGCAUGCAGAGCCGCACCCAGGCUAGAGCCCGGCUCCAUGUGGCGCGCAUGGUGGUAGCAUUCGUGGUGGUGUUCUUCAUCUGCUUCUUCCCGUACCACGUGUUCGAGCUGUGGUACCACUUCUACCCAACGGCUGAGGAGGACUUCGAUGAGUUCUGGAACGUGCUGCGCAUCGUUGGAUUCUGCACGAGCUUCCUAAACUCGUGCGUCAACCCCGUGGCCCUCUACUGUGUGUCCGGGGUGUUUCGGCAGCACUUUAAUCGCUACCUCUGCUGCAUCUGCGUCAAGCGGCAGCCGCACCUGCGGCAGCACUCGACGGCCACUGGAAUGAUGGACAAUACCAGUGUGAUGUCCAUGCGCCGCUCCACGUACGUGGGUGGAACCGCUGGCAAUCUGCGGGCCUCGCUGCACCGGAACAGCAAUCAUGGAGUCGCUGGAGCUGGAGGUGGAGUAGGAGGAGGGUCUGGUCGGGUGGGCAGCUUUUAUCGGCAGGACUCGAUGCCCCUGCAGCACGGAAAUGCCCAUGGAACUGGUGCGGGCGUGGGAUCCUCCGGACUUGGAGCCGGCGGGAGGACGGCGUCCGUGAGCGAAAAGAGGUGAGGCACGCUUAUUGUGGAGCUGCUGGAGGAGGAGGAGGUGGUGGUAUCCUUGCAGGCCGACGAGCAGCUCUGAGCGGAAACAAUUGGCCUGUGAUCUCACUGUGUGCUUGCACCACUCGCAUUUCGAAUCUCGCACUCUGCACUCCACACAAUCCCCCUGGUACUUUCCAGCAUGGCUGGACUCUUUGGAAAUCGCAUCCGCGCCAGGUUCAAUAGGUUAAACAACGAUUAUCUAUAAGAAAACUGCAUCACUAAGUAUUUGCUCCUACUGUUGUUGUAACUAGAUAAAGGGAUAAAGGGAAACGACAGCACAUCACUAAACUCCAUUCCGCUGUAUAUACUAUAUAUAUAUAUGUAUGUACCAAGCAAACUUUUGCGCAUAAAUACACAUUCAAUGUAAUGUUAUCGUGUUCUAUAUUAUGUGUUAAUUAAGUAAAUCCCCAAGCUCAUUAAAACAUUAACUCGUUAUUACCUGCCUCGGUGCAAUAAAAUAGUAUUAUUAAAGCUACGGAGCUAGGAUCCCAUAUAGAAACACAUGACUAGCUCAUUUACCAAAUAUAAAUUGCAUAUAUCAAUAGGCUAAGCGGAUUUCAGAAUAAGAUUAAUGUAAAUAAAUGGAUUCCAUAAAUGUAAAAA